CCCCGGUCGGGCGAGGGAAGGGGCCGCCGGGACCGCGGGGCCCGGCGCGCUCUGAGGAACAUGGCGGUGGCGAGCCUCGCUCAGAUUCCUGAUGUAGACAUCGACUCCGAUGGCGUCUUCAAGUACGUGCUGAUUCGGGUCCACUCGGCGCUGCCCUCCGGUACCCCGGCUGCGGAAAGCAAGGAGAUCGUGCGUGGCUACAAGUGGGCCGAGUACCACGCGGACAUCUACGACAAAGUGUCGGGCGAGAUACAGAAGCAGGGCUAUGACUGUGAGUGCCUGGGCGGCGGGCGCAUCUCCCACCAGAGCCAGGACAAGAAGAUCCACGUGUACGGAUACUCCAUGGGCUACGGCCGUGCCCAGCACUCCAUCUCGACUGAAAAGAUCAAGGCCAAGUACCCUGACUAUGAGGUCACCUGGGCUGAUGAUGGCUACUGAGGCCCCCCUGCCUGAGGCUGCCACCUCCAGUAGCCAAGUCGGAACUCUGCCCUUGCCAGGUCCUUCCUGAGGGGCUGGCCUUGCCCUUUCCUUCUGCACCCCCUGGUGACGUGCCACCCUGCCAGGCCUCCGAGACAGACCAGCCUGGCCCAUGGGAAUUAAAAGCAUUGCUGUG